GGAACACAACAAAAACUUCAUGAAAUUGUUCUCAAAAGCUAUGAAAAUGUAUUUGAAUAAUGCAAUGAAAGAGUAAAGAAGUUGUGAAGAAAUAUAUGUUGAAAGUAGACCCAAGGACCCUUUUUUAUACCCAAAAAGAGCUGUAACGCUUCGGAAAAGACUGGGGUUCAUUGGCAUAAUUUGUGGAAAUUAAAUCAAAAGUUCAUCUAUUGAAAAUAGGCCUAAAAUCGAUGUUCAAGUACUAAACAUCACUAUUUUGGCUCUGACUUUUCAUUUAAAUUGUCACACAAUCACCUUAACAUCGAUGUUGUAGAGGCAACAUCUAUCGCUAUGGGAGUGUUGACUUCCAAAGAAGGAAAGGGAUCAAGCUUCAGGCUUGAACGAGCUUCCGAGAGGUCAAAAACAGUGUUCGGGGCCAAAAAGAAUGAAAUUGGGCCAAAAUCACGUAUCAGCCGCGAAGCCCAACGGACCAGGGGCCUGAGGCGUCCAAGUUGGAUGCUUCAAGUAUUGUGUGGUGAGCUUGGCGUCAUCGCACUGAAGCAUGUCAUCUCACCGAUGUUUGAGCUUGAAGAUCUGCGGGUAGCCCGCGAAGCAUCUGAAGAACUAGUUGAUGUUGAGAAACUGGUGCAUCGACAACGUUUAACCAGUCGGCAAGAUUUUGAAGGUGCUGACAGUAGGUCGCCAUGGAAGUGGUGCCCUUGACGGUGGUGCGGAAUUCAUGUUCCAAUUGCAAGGCACGGCAUGUUUGUUGUCGUGAAAUAGGUCGUGAAUGACCUUCCAGAGUGCAGAGGCGGUGGAGACAAAAGACAUUACCAAAUCUAAGACGUUAUAUGUGAUAGUGGAGAGAAUCCAACCCUGGAGGAGAACAUCGAGUUGGAACCAUUCAUCGUCGUCGUCAGAGAGAGGGACGACGGAGCCUGUGAGAUAGCCUUGAAGAUUAAAUUGUCGUGUUAAGAAAAGAAAGAGACGACUCCAUU